UAGCAUAGGAUAGAGGGCACUACAGCCCUUUCAGCAACACCACCACCAACACGUAUGCGAUCCCUAUCCUCCUUCCUAGCUCUCACUCGACGAGCAGGUGACGUACGAUAGUGUUUGUAAACCCUACUUGAGAAACAAAAUGUCUCGAAAUUCCAGUAAAGACGGAUGAUUUUGAUAUGCAUUACUAACGUAGUUGUGUUGUGUGUGCUGAUAAAAUUCAGCAAAUAUUUAUUAACUCUCCCAGAAGUAAGUCAGUGUCACUGAAGAACUAGCGUAGGCCGCUCAUGCAACGACGCAGCCCAGAACAUUCGUCGGGUGUCGUCCCUGCUGGCUCGGGUCGACGGAGCGGAAACCGACCAGAUGUGAGGCCUAGCAUUGCACAUGAACCUUCAAACAAUUCUAACCGUUGGAAAGUAUGCGAUAUAUGCUCAAUUCAGUGGAAAUCGCCGUCAGAAUUUGCUCUCCAUUUGAGAGAAAAACAUUGUACAAAAGAGGGAGGAUCGUUUGUUUGUCGAUAUGGCACCCACGGGAUUUGUCCAAGUCUUCCCCUGGAAGGUGUUAGCGACAAAGAUUAUGAAUUUCAUGUUGCUAGGGACCACAUUGCAGAUUAUGAUUACACAAGCAAAUUAAAUCCAGAAUUAGCUCAACAGUCGCGGAUGACUAACCAGACGCCCUCUAUAGUCAGCGAUCAGCUCAAGUGGACGUUUCAUUCAUCGAGCGUUAACCUUCCAGCUGUGUUGAAUGAUCCACGAAAGUCACGGCGGGAACAUGAUUUCUUUACCAAGACUUGGGGCGAAGGGUUUGUUGAAAAAACUGUUAUUGCUCCUUCCCCGUAUCUACCAGUCAUAACCAAAGCACACUUUGAGAAGUACUUAAACAGAACAGCAAAUAAGCUGAAAAGUCAUAAGGUACAGUCAUCCCUCCAACAGUCAGUGCCAAGAAUCCCAGUUGCCACUGAUAAAAGUCGUUUAGAACUGGAGCAAAUUCCAAAGAUGUUUUUUAGAGGAGAUUUUGCACUGGAGAAUCCAGAAACCUUUCAGGCAGUGUUACCGUGGUCACAAUUUAAAAACCGAGGGGCAGGCCAAUCAUCCAAGCUACUGCAAGAAAAGUUGAGUCAUUAUCUGGAUUUGGUUGAAGUAGAACUAGCUCGACAGAUCUCUCAGAGGUCAACGGCCUUUUUUACUGCCAUGGCGUCACAUGACCAGCUACAGGACAGGCUCAUCUCAACGUGUACAGCAAUUAAAGGCUUAAGGGAGCGGAUUAUGGAGGUUGACGAUGUACUUGCUAAGAGAUCCCUAGAAACGCUAAGCUACAAAGUGUCACGAGUAAACCAUGUUAAGGUCUUCAACAAAUUGAAGCUAAUGGCAACAGUACAUCAAACUCAGCCCACCAUUCAGCUGUUGCUGUCUACGUCGGAGUUUGUCGGUGCUCUUGAUCUGAUUUCAACAACGCAAGAGGUUCUCACGCAGGAGCUAUCCGGGAUCCAGAGCUUCAGACAUCUUGGCUCACAGCUGAUUGAGCUGGAGAAACUAAUUGAUAAAAUGAUGCAUGAGGAAUUUGUACGGUUUGCAACCGCGGAUCUGACCAGGCCUCUGGAUGAGGAAGCUGGACCAGAUGAGGAAAAAUUGUCCAGUAUAAUUCUUGGUCUUCUUCGGCAACAUAAAUUUUCAUUUUUAGAUGAUUACAAAGAUGAAUGUACAACUGCAAUAAAAGCUAUUGUUAAACAGACUGUGGUCGAUGCGGUUUCAGAAGCUGACAGCAUUGACGUGGAGGGCAACUUAGGCAGUUUAGCCGAUCAGAUGAGAUUGCUCAACUUCACGGAAUGGCUUCAAAUGUUCCAGAAUGUGUUCACAAAUCUGGCAAAGUUUCUUAGUAGAGUCAAGAUGACAUGGGAUGUAAUGAAUAAACUCAUUGAUUUUGCUGCUGGCCACAAUGCGCAUGCUGGCAAUGAGACGGCAGACAAUACAGAGCCGGGAGAGCCCCAGCUAAACAGCACAAACGUUAAUGGAAGUAAAGACGACAAGUGUCCACAAGCUAGAGUGCCGUCACCUUUAACUUUCCUCAAAGUAUCGGAUGUUGAUAUCCUAAUUGCGCCAGUGGAGCACCAACGUUUGAAUACUGUUUUGAAGGAAGUAUUGGUAAUGCUGUGUGACUACGCUCAUGAUAGAAGUCUUAAACUUCUCAUUGCAAGAGGAAAGGAUGGAUUUCUAGAGAAACUGAGUUCCAGUGAGUUUGUGUCCUUGUCGCGAUCAGUCGAAACAUUUGUUUCACAAUGUGAAGCUGUGAGUGGCCGACGUAGUAACUCCCUCAGAGGGGGCUUGCAAAACCAGGCCAACAAGUUUGUAAACAGAUUUCACGAAGAAAGAAAAACCAAAAUGAGCUUGCUGUUAGAUAAUGAACGUUGGAAGCAGGCAGAAGUUCCAGCCAACUUUCAGGAUUUAUUAAGUGCAAUGGCUAAAGGUGAAAUCUCGCUUGACCUUUUAGCAAGAAUGGAUCAAGGUAACGAAGAACGUAAAUCAGCUGAAUAUGUGGAGAUCAAUGGCGGCAAGUAUGCUGUAAUUGGGACUGUGUUGAUGUUGCUUAAGAUGGUUGCCGAGUACUGCCAAUGUGUUGAGGAUAUUCCAUCUGUUACGAUAGAUAUCUUAACACGACUCAUUGAAAUAUUUCAGAAUUUUAACUCACGGUCCUGCCAGCUAGUGUUAGGUGCUGGAGCUUUACAACUCGUUGGACUCAAAACAAUUACUACCAAAAACUUAGGGCUGGCAUCCAGGUGUCUUCAGUUGAUAGGCUUGUACAUUCCAAUUGUGAAGGAAUUCUUUGCUGCACGUUUGCUACCUCGACAGAUGAUGGUACUCAGAUCAUUUGACAAAAUCCUCAAGGAUUAUAAUGACCAUGUGCAAGAAAUCUCCAAUAAGUUAAUUGCCAUCAUGGAUGAUACAUUUAUGCAUUGUCUUUCAAAGUGGGAAGUGAAAGCCCCUGUACCAUCUCUUACAUUUCGUGAAAUCUGCAAGAGAAUUCGCAAGAUCCAUGAAGCAAUAGUGGACAUUCUACCACCAGAACAAAUAAAGGAUUUGUUUGUUCAGAUGAACACUUCGUUUAAAACUCACCUUAAGAAGCAGUUAAUUACCUUGAAUGUGACUAACGAUGGUGGACCUCAACAUGGGUUAGUCACCUCAGAGCUUGUGUUCUAUACAGAAUGUGUGCAAUUGACCAGCGGUCUGGAUAAACUGGACAAUAUGAAUGAUAUCUGGGUCAGAAGGUAACACAGACAAAUCAGAUGGCUCACCAUCAUAGCACCCUUAUGUGACCCUACCAGAUUGCCUUUGACCAGUUGGUGUGAAUAAAAUGGAUAUGAAUGAUAUAUAGGUGAUCACCAUACAGAUUUGUCAUCUGUUACAACCAGUUUAUAAUUGCCCAGUGGUAUGAAAAAAGUGUGAAUGAUAUGGGUUUGAAAGGUAUCACAAGUAACAUAGUUGAACAUUUUACAGACCUCUGAUGCCAGUUUGUAAUUGACCAUUGAUCUGAGUACAAUGGCCAAUAUGAACUGUGUAAGAGUCAGAAGAUAAUAAGAUGGGAUACAAUCAUAUUGCCCUCACACAUCCCAGCACUAUUUCUGAUGGAAUUUUCAUAUGGUUUUGUUGGACUACUGAAUUGGGAAAGAUUCUCAAUGUACAAUGGCUUGCCUGACUCAGCCAGAUAAAUAUGAAGCAUUGUCUUUGUCAUACAACGACAAAAGAUAGAUCCAUAUUCAUGUAAGAUUCUCCGUAAUUUCCAUUAUUGAAUGGGAAAGUUGCAAUAGGAACCAGUUAGCUCAGACCCUCAACAGAUUUUAUAAAUACAUAAAGCAUAGAUAUAUUCCCAAUAAUAUUUCUUUAGUAGCGUUUCUUCCGCAUCAUAUUAUUGCGUCCCUAUUUCUAGUCAUGCCGGAGGAUCAGAUGACCUCAAUAAUUUGCUACCAGAAUUGACCAAAGAUAAAAUGUGACCCAAGUACAACUCUUCCUUCCUUACCAAGAAUUCCCAUCAAAUCCAUGUACCACAGUUAUGAUGGAGUGGGCUUAUACAUGAGAAACUACUGUAAUUUAAGAAUAUUGUAGAUCUUAGUACUUCUUCAAUUGUGCAGAUUACAGCAUGUGUACUCGCUCAUUGUGCAUAAGUGAUUUCAUCCAAAAACAUCCUAGUAAUGUCAGGGGUCCCUAUUUGAAGAAGCCACUUCCAAGAGAUAAAUCUGCUUACAUGAGCUUUCUUUUAACAUAUCUAACUUUAUUUUUUCUGUGCAUGAUGCUUCCCCAUCACCAGCUGACUUGCAGAAAACAAUUAAUAAUACAAUUAGUAAAAACCAUGAAAAUUAUGGAUUUGCUGAAUAUGGAUUAUUUUCCAAGAGGUUUUUGCUUUCUUGCGGAAGUAGAAGAGGCCGUCUCAAUUUCUUGGAGACUCCUGCGACAUGAAGAAGACUUGGGACUCCUGGUAAUGUAAUCCUAAAUGUUUCCUUUCUAUCCUAUCUGAUCAUGUUGAAUAAUUUACUUGUCAAAUUUUCAAAGACAUUACUACAGUGUACUAUUUCUGUCUACUUUUAUACUAUUUAUAUUAGUGGUUAUUUUUAAUACUCAAAUUAAGUGUUAUAAAUACUGAUUUAUUUACUAAGGUCAGGAGGUCACAAAUGAAUUUAAGACCAAAAAAUGUGGCAUAUUUUCAUAUAUGUAAUGUAAUAAAUGAGGUUUAAAUAAAGUUGUCAGACAAUGAAAGGUUAUUUUGACCUGUAAAUUAUAAAUGUUUCUUACUCCCAGAAUGAACUGUCAGUUAAUUUAUAAAUUGUUAAUACAGAUUUUGAUUUUGUGCUGACUGUUUCAACUAAGUUGUAGCAGUAAUUAAACAGAUUUCCUAAAAUAACAUGUUAUGUUUUCUUUAUCGUGUUCACCUUAUGUGAUGCAAUUUAUUUAAAAUACUGUACAGUCAAAUAGCUGAUGUUGGAAUCCAUUGGUCUGUCAGUUGAGUGUGCUUUGUUCUAAUUGGUUGAUAGUGAAUAUGUCUUGACCAUAGUGAUGUCAAAAUUUCGAUGACUAUUCCAUUUUUAAUGUGUUAAAGGUUAAAGGAAGGGAUUGUUAAAAAUAAAAAAAAAUUUUUGUAAGGAAAUUUUUGUUAAAAAUUUGUUAAAAAUUUUAGACUAGUGCAUAAGUGGUGCUAGGUAGGUUGAUCAUAGCUUGUAGCGGCAGUCAUUGUAAUUAGCGACAAAUGUACUUUGAUCUCAUUUUCCCAGUAUAUCGGUAGUCUGUCUAUGAUGUGGUAGACAAACAAGAUGUAUGAGGUAAACCUAGAAACAAUAGUGUGCGACAAGCCACAUUUGCUAAAGGUGCUGUAGCAACUGUUGCCAAAGUAAAGCCAAUAAUAGUUGAGAGUGGAGUAUACAGUUGCUAAGUUACUUUGAUAUUGGCAUUGUUUACUUGUACUGUAAUGUAAUUGUUGAUGUGUUUUAAUUAUGUAUGCUUUAAAGCUUAUUUAUAAGGGCAAAUUAAAUUUCAACUUCUUAAACUAUUUCAAGGACACCCAGAUGAACUAUGCCUGGCAAAGUCUAUACACUGUGUGCGUUGUAGCCAAUUUUAGGGCAUUUAUUUUGCUAAUAAGUGAAGAUGUAUUUAAAAUUAGGGGAUAGAUAAACUAUAUAUGUUGACUUUUAGUUCAUUUGGUUGAUUGUAUUUUAGCUGUAAUUAUAAUAAUCUGGUGCCACAACAUUGUUACUAAUAAUUAUUAUAACAGAUUCAAUUGUAGGUAUAUUUUGUAAAUCUAAAUUAUAAAUGACUUGUAUAUUACUUCUGUACAUUUAUAUUAAUGAUUUAUUGUUUAAUUCUAGUUGGGUAUCUAUUUUUAAAUUUGUUGCAUUAGGUGAUUAAUUAGUGUGCAAACCUUUAUGUUUGAAUGUUGUAUUUAACAUAUAAAUAUACUUUUCACAUAUUUAAAAAUAGAUAAUUAUAUUCACUGAGAUAUUCAAAUUCUCUAUUAUGUACAUUGAGAUAAUAAAAUAAAGAUCUUUUAGAGGCCUGAA